AUGGCUUGCAAUUCCUCAGGUUGCCAAUCCAACUGUUACAAAAACGAUGACCAACUAUCAGACUCAAAACCAACACCAGCCAACAAUUCUAACAAUGAAACCCUUAAUUUAUGCCUCAAGUGCAAGACCAACAGCCCCAUUUCUCCUGGGUCUCUUUCUGGUGAUGAAGCACGCUUUUGUGCUGAUUGCUUUAGAAGUAAUAUCUAUGGGAAGUUCAGGCUUGCUGUCACCUCUCAUGCCAUGAUAUCUCCUUCUGAUAACGUUCUUGUUGCUUUCUCUGGCGGCCCUUCUUCCAGGGUGGCUCUACAGUUUGUACAUGAGUUGCAAUAUAAAGCACAAAAGAAUUUUGAAGCAAGUAAGGAUAGAUCAUUACCAGUAUUUGGUGUUGGAGUAGCAUUUAUUGAAGAAAGUGCAGUCUAUCCAGUUUCUUCUGACAAAGCUGAUGGAGCGAUUCAAGAUAUGAGAUUGGUUGUGUCAAAUCUAGCCCCCCAACAAAACAAUUCAAGUGACUGUAAGGAUAUAUUGACGAAGUUACUAGAUGCUGUUAAUGAUGCGACCGGGAAAGAAGAUCUUCUACUGCAUCUGCGAAUGAUGGCUUUGCAGAAGGUUGCGUCUGAAAAUGGAUACAACAGACUUGUUCUAGGAUCAUGUACAUCAAGGAUUGCUCGCCAUGUCCUCGCAGCAACUGUGAAGAGUAUUAAAUGGGUUCCGAAAGAGAAAUCAUGUGAUGUUGGUGCUCUUUUAUCAAGUGAUGUAAUCUCAGAUCGAAUGAAAAAAGAGUUGACACACACUUGCUACACUCUAGGCACUUUUGACCCAGGCCAGGGAUACUCUUUAUCAGCAGAUAUACAAUAUGUUGAUGCAAGGUGGGAGAUACCAGUAGUGCUUCCCCUUCGUGACUGUACUUCACAAGAGCUGAACUUGUUGUGCUGCCUUGAUGGUCUAAAGACUUUGCAGCUGUUUGACAGUUUUCCCUCUGGAAUCAAUGGUUUGAUAUCUUCAUUUGUGAAUCUCUUGCAGGAAGAAAAUCCUUCUCGCGAGUGCACGAUAGUACGAACAGCUGGAAAGCUUACUCCAUUCGAAUUCAACAGGAUUCCUGAAAUUGAUGAUUGCAAUGUUCCUUUGGCUACUCGAAGGCGUCAAAAGAGAUGCAAUCUAAAACCUAAGGAAUUUAUUUCCUCAGAGUUGUUCUGUCUCAUUUGCAAUGGCCCACUCAAGAAUUUUAAUUCCUUGAGUUUGAGCAGUCUUGAUAGUUGCCAAAGCUCAAGGUUUAGUGCUGCUUGUUGUUCGAGUUGCCAGUUUCAGAUACUUCCCAAGGAUCCCUCAUCGAUGGAGAAUUUCUGUUCACUUUUACCACGGCAAGUGGUUGGCAGAGCAAAGCAUGGCAAUUGUGGCAAUUUAAGUUUGCUAAGGGAGCAAAUUCAAGAUUGCUUGCUUUCAGACAGUGAAAAUGAAACUUGA